AUGAAGGGUGGAGGCGUGAAGAUCCUGUUUGAGAAGGAGCUCGGUGUGGCAGAUUUCCACCUGCCCAACAAAAGCUGCAUCCUCUACGUGUCUGAGUGCGACAUCAUUGCAGGGAACAGCUACAAGAGGAAACUGGUUCGCUACAGAAACAGCAGCAGUAGUUUCCAGGAGCUGGUGCUGGUGGAGAACACCAGACUCAGUGAGCAGUACUUCUCCGCUGUGCAGAAGUUUGUGGUGUUUGACCUCGGCCUGACUCUGCUGCCGGUCAGCGGGCAGACUGAAGCCUCACAGCUCAUCACUCAGAUUGUUCACGGUGGGGGGGUCAGGGAGAACCCCUUCAGGAGGAGGACUUCGUCUCAGCUGUUGGACCCGCUGAUCCUGGCUCUGGUCCAGCAGGUCCCCGGGGUCGGCAGGGUCAAAGCUCUGGCCCUGCUGCAGCACUUCUCCAGCAUCCAGAAGCUCUGCAACGCCGCCCCCGCCCAGCUGGAGCCCAUCGUGGGUCAUGCUGCAGCUCAACAAAUCCACAACUUCUUCCACAAAGCCACUGCUGCUGGAACCUGAAGGUCCGACUCUGGGUCUGCACUCAACCAGGAAAGUUUGGAUUGAAUCAUAAUGCAGAAACGCUUCAGCUCACAUGGACACUAACUCUUUAUUUGAAA